AUGUCUCUAUUCAGCAAUCUGAACACGGGGGCCACGAGCCAGCCGGCCUCAAAUGCUGGGGGUGGCCUGUUCAGCUCGUUGAACACCACCGCGAACGCCUCCAACACCAACACCGCCAACACCAGCAACCAGACUGCCGCUCCAGGGGCCAGCAUUUUUGGAUCUGGGUCGACAUUGUUCCCUUCGACGACCAGCCAAACUACGCAAUCGUCAAACCUGUUUGCUUCGACAAAUCAACCGCCCGCUACCACCGCCGGCGGCGGUCUCUUCGGCGGGUUGAACACCACGAAUACGACGACCGCGCCCCAGACCAACAACCUCUUCGCAAACUCUGGCAAGCCCAGUUUAUUCAACACAACCUCAAAUAACGCGCCUGCGGCUCAGGCACAACCCGAUGCGUCCAACAGCCUUGGCAAGAGCCUGUUUGGCUCCACCAUCAACACUCAGACAGCCAACUCCAACGGCCUCCAGCAUCAGGCCGCCCCGACCGGUGCAUUCUUCGACAGCCUGCUAGCGAAGAACAAGAGGGCCCAUGUUGACGACAAUGCAGCCAUGGAAGACCUGCCCAGUCUGCAGCUCGGCCUGGGCGACCUGCGGCAGCGCCUGCGCAAGCUCGGUCCCAAGGCGUCCCCCACCGACCGCCAGCUCGACGGCCGGGCACACUACCUGCUUGCUGCCUCCGGCGUCGACCCCGGCAGCGCGGUGCGUGACCUCGGCUCCCUAGGCUUCCAGACCUCGAGGCUCGAUCGGUCCACCUACGGCACGGCGCAGGGCGAGGUGGAUGUCGAGACAUAUCUCUCGAACCUACAGAACAAGACUACACUCAGCAUGAUUGCGGACGGGCUGGAGAAGUCUGUCAGGGACUUCGACGCGUUCUUGGAGGACAAUGUCACCAUGGAGUGGGAGGCGCAACGGAGACGGAUCUACGAGCACUUUGGUAUCAAGUCGAAACAGACUCCAGGUGGUGGGGUGGGGGCGUCGCCAGGCAGGGAGUCCCGGGGUGGGUUUGGCAAGUCACGACGGAAGGGCGUGCUGUCGUCUGGCCCGGAUAAGUCAACAACAAGAGAAAGCGCGUUUGGACGAUCUGGUCUUGGAAGGUCUGUCAUCGGAACACCUAGCAAAAUUGGCGCCCAUUCCUCUGAAUUCUCCGACGUGGGCGGCGCUGGGGCUGGCAGUGGCCCGAACGGAUCGGCUGGCAUUGACGACCGCUUUUUGCGAGAGAAGCAGCUCAAGCUGGCGGAGAAGAUCCACCAACUGAACGACGCUCGUCAGCAAGCGCAAGCCGUAGCAUACCCGAUCCUCAACGAGCUCGCAGAGGUUGAGACGAAAGCAGGCGACCGGCAUGGUGAGCAUCUCGUGGAUGCGUACCGUGCUAUGGUUCUCAUCGUCGGCGAGAACCCUGAUGCAGACUCUCCCGGCGCGGAUGCCACAGCCAGCGAGAGACAGUUCUCCAGCGUCUAUCUCAGCUCCGAGUCAAAUUCACAGGGAGCGAUUUCUCUACGCAAGCGAAUUCUGGCCGGCGCCAAUAAGUUCCUCGAGAAGAAGUUCAUGGACCAGAUCGAGCAGCAGAUUGCCAAGAACCCUCUCAAUGCUCAGCUAGGUGGCAGACCGGACGUCGUCAGCAAAACCAAGGCCUAUGUGCGCCUUUUGGCCCAGGGCAAGCAUCUUGCUCCUGACAAUACAGACCUUCAGUCGAUCAGGCGGGAAGGCCAGGAUGAGUAUGUCUGGGCGGUCAUAUUCUAUCUGCUCCGAUCUGGACAUGUGAACGAAGCCGCGAAGUAUGUCAUCGAGAACCAGAACCACUUCAAGAGCAUCGACCGAUCAUUCCCUGCAUUCAUGAGCGAAUACGCUACGAGCGAAGACCGGCGUCUUAAGAGGCAGCUUCAGGACCGGUGCAACACGGAAUUCAGCCAGCGCAUCCGCAAUGCGCCCGACAACUCGGUCGAUCCCUACCGCGCAGCCUGCUACAAGAUCAUUGGCCGCUGCGAUCUGAGCAACCGAAGCUUCGAGGGCUUCACCGCAGAUGUUUACGACUGGAUGUGGCUGCAAUUCAACCUCGCCCGCGAGGGCGACCGCUCGGUGGAGAUCUGGGGGGAGACGUUCGGGCUGGCCGAGGUGCAAAACACCAUCAAGGAGGUCGGCCUGAAGUACUUCCCCAAGAACAAUGUGGAUGAUGCUAAUGGCAACUUCGGCAUGUUCUUCUUCAUGCAGAUCAUGUCGGGGAUGUUUGAGCAAGCCAUCGCCUACUUGUACUCAUUUUCGUACGUUGACGCGGUCCACUUUGCGAUUGCACUAGAGUACUACGGUCUCCUACGGGCCUCAGACUCGAUGACGGCCAACAACGACCUCCUCACACACAACACACGUGAGCGACCACAAAUUAGCUUUGGACGGAUGUUGGGCUUCUAUACGCGCGACUUCCGGGCGGCCAACGUGGCUGCCGCGGUGGACUACAUCAUCCUGAUUUGUCUAAAUCUCGACGACCCCAACCAGGAAGCCGGCAGACAGCAUGCGGAGCUGUGCCAUGAGGCUCUUCGCGAGCUCGUGCUUGAGACGAGAGAGUUCAGCAAGCUGAUUGGAGAUAUUCGACCGGACGGCCAGCGCAUCCCAGGCAUAAUAGAGAGCCGCGGUUCCCUCAUUGGACUGCCAGACGAGCGGGAAUUUGUCAGGAGUAUCACGCUGCAGGCUGGCCGCUUCGCGAAUGAUAAUGGACGAACGACCGAUGCUGUGCUGCUCUACCACCUAGCGGAGGACUACGACACGGUGGUGGCGAUUGUCAGCCGAGCCCUUAGCGAAGCCAUCUCGCUGGAGGUAGGUGGAGAGCCCCUACGCCUCCAGCCCGUCAAGCCACGCGUCGAGGGCGGGCGGCCGGAUGCGCAGGUGAACAACAGCCUUAGCCUCGCGUCCAUCGACGACCCUGUGGAGCUGGCCAAGACAAUGAUGCACAUGUACGAGGGGGAGCGGUUCUUCCGGGAGAAUAUCCAGGAGGUGAACCGCAUGGCGUGCAGUGUGUUGCUGCAGAUGUCGGAUAUCAAGAGCCUCGUAGGGGCUGGCCAGUGGGUGCAGGCCCUGGACCAAAUCAAGAUGCUCGAGAUCCUGCCUUUGGCGGCCAACGGCGACCCAUCAACGAUCCGGGCAUACGCGGCCAAGUUCGCGAGCUUGCCGCAGGUGGUUGCGGCUAACGUGGGCAACCUGCUGAUGUGGACGGUGAUGUGCUGCACGCGGCAGCGGGAGAGGCUGGGCAGCGGGCAGUUCAGCGGCAACGAGAGCACGUCCAAGGACCUGCAGGUGCAGCUGAAGCAGAUGAGCAUCGACCUGACGGCGUACACCAGCCAGCUGCGGUACAGAUUCCCGUCGCACCUGCUGGAGGCGCUGGCCAGGGCCUCGGCGGACUGA